ACAUCGCUGUCUGAACCUCUGCAUGCUUCAUUUCUUUCCUCUCUCUCUACAGUGCUCUGCUACUCCUCCCUGUCCAUAUCGGGGCUCCGAGCCCCGGACCCGUUUCACUCCUCCUCCAUCCGGAUCUAUCUUCCUUCCAAUUCUCUCUCACGCUUUUACCUUCUUCACUAAAACCACACAGAAUGUACUCUGCGAUUCACUCCUUGCCGCUAGAUGGCGGCGUUGUUGGUGGUCACCCGGACUAUCAGGGCUCGCUUGACGGGACCAACCUGCCCGGUGAUGCUUGUCUCGUUUUGACAACAGAUCCCAAGCCCCGCCUCCGCUGGACUGCCGAGCUCCAUGAACGCUUCGUUGAUGCUGUCACCCAGCUCGGCGGCCCUGACAAAGCAACGCCUAAGACCAUCAUGAGAACAAUGGGAGUAAAAGGCCUGACCCUCUAUCAUCUGAAGUCACAUCUUCAGAAAUACCGGCUGGGGAAGCAGUCAUGCAAGGAAUCAACUGACAACUCUAAGGAUGCCUCAUGUGUUGGAGAAAGUCAGGAUACAGGUUCAUCGUCAACAUCAUCAUCAAGGAUGGUGGCACAAGAUCUGAAUGAUGGUUACCAGGUUACUGAGGCUUUACGAGUCCAGAUGGAAGUGCAGCGAAGACUGCAUGAACAAUUGGAGGUUAGUGUUUUCCUUUGUUGUGUAUUUGAUAUAUCACUAAAUAAUCUCUUAUGUGCACUGGGUUUGAACUGUGCAUUAACCAUCUUUUCAAGUAUGCUUGGACCUUAAUAAACCCAGCAGGGU